CUUUCUCUCUCUCGUGCCUGCUCAUUGCUCACUGACAGUCCGCUGAGAAGUGACUGUGGAACUGACACCGGCAGCUGCGCUUCGCCUAGAAAACUUGUUGAAACUGCAAAUUAUGGCACGCAGAAUUUUGGAGAUCGUAACGAAGAAAGGAAAUUAAUUUGUAAAUAAUUGUUUAGUUGUUAAUCAUUAAAACAUCUCCAAAGACUCCUUAUGUCUCUUUGUGGAGGAACAGGCGAACAAGGAGGUGUUCGUUUUUACCUGGGAACAGGUAGUGCUAUAGGAAAACUGGGUUCACAAAAAGAUCUAAAAUGAACGAGUCUCUGGACCUGAACAUUACCCUUGUGGAUGAUGGUAACUGGACUUUCAUCAAUGGCUCGAGUGAAUUCUUUUUACCUUUGAACAACAUUACAUAUGUUGGAUAUUACCUGCACCAGCCAUCAGUAGCAGCUGUCUUCAUAGUGUCCUACCUCCUCAUAUUCCUGGUCUGCAUGAUUGGAAAUGGAGUGGUUUGCUUCAUCGUGUUACGGAGCAAAAAUAUGCGCACUGUCACCAACCUAUUCAUCCUCAACCUCGCCAUCAGCGAUCUUCUUGUUGGGAUUUUCUGCAUGCCCACAACGCUUCUUGACAACAUUAUUACAGGUUGGCCAUUCGGAAGCAUGGUAUGCAAAAUGAGCGGCAUGGUGCAGGGCAUUUCAGUCUCAGCCUCUGUUUUCACCUUGGUUGCCAUAGCGGUUGACAGAUUUCGAUGUAUUGUGUAUCCCUUCAAGCAAAAACUGACAAUAUCAACAGCCACCUUCAUUAUUGUGAUCAUCUGGGUGCUGGCGGUGUCCAUCAUGUGCCCUUCUGGUGUCAUGCUCCAGGUGACUAAAGAACAAAACAUCCGUGUGUUUCGGGGAAAUAAUCGAUCAAGCCCUUUCUACUGGUGUAGAGAAAACUGGCCCAACCAGGAAAUGAGGAAGAUCUACACUACCGUCCUGUUCGCCAACAUUUACCUCGCCCCUCUGUCCCUCAUAGUAAUCAUGUAUGCAAGGAUUGGUAUCACUCUGUUUAAAACGGCUAUGCCGGCAGGGGGCAAACAUGGCCAUGAUAAUCGCCAUUCUGUGUCAAAGAAGAAACAAAGAGUGAUCAAAAUGCUCCUCAUCGUGGCCUUGCUCUUCAUCCUGUCCUGGUUACCUCUGUGGACGCUGAUGAUGCUAACAGACUAUGUUAAACUUACCGAACAUCAGUACAGGGUCAUUAACAUCUACAUAUAUCCAUUUGCUCACUGGCUAGCUUUUUUCAACAGCAGCGUCAACCCAAUCAUUUAUGGGUUUUUCAAUGAGAACUUCCGCCGUGGAUUUCAGGCCAUCUUUAAGUUUGGCCUGUGUCCUGUCGGCGGUCAACAUCGGACUUAUUCUCACAGGGUACAAGGCAAUUCUGUGCAGCCGGUGAAUCUGCAACCCUCCACGGAGCCGAUCUCUCUAAAUAGCCUGGAGAACAACAGCUCGAGGAGGAUGAAUCACAUUAAUGAGCAGGACUUGGUGAUGGAAGAUUUAGAGAAAGUGUCUGAAUACAGUAUGGAAGGAGCUUCUCUUUAAGAGGCUUCAUUGAGAUUAAUUGUAUUUGCUAUUUUGUUUAAUAUUGGCUACAUAAAUUACAUCUCAAAUUAAAGACUAUUAUUUAAUGCAAAUUUUAAAAAUACAUUGUGAACGUUCUAUAAUAUAGAUGUGCAUAAAAUGGAUCGGACACAUUUGCUUUAAAUGGUUGUUUGCUGCUAACAUGAAUGUACUUGUCAGAUGCAGAUGGACACAUCUGGUCGUUUAACUAUAAUUACAGUUUAAACUUCAAUUUUUACAUAUUUGCAAUUUGUAUGAUAGAUUCAUUUAAAGGGGCUAUAUGUAAAACAGGAUGCCGAAAGUGAUUUUUAACCACAAAUUAGUUGAUUUCGUUCACAUAAUGUAUAAAAGGGUAAACUUGAUUUAACACCCUGAUGUAUACAAGACAAAGUUCAUUUCAUUAGACACAUCCCUGCAAUUCAUUUCAAAAGAUAAAAUAUGAUUUUCAAAGUAUAUUUGCAGACUUUGUCAGUAGUUUUUACCAGUGUUAUUUAUUUUAGAGGAGCAAUGACAUGACAAUAUAAAAUGGCUCUUUUAAUAUUGUCCUGAACUUUGCACAAUCCAUUUGACUUUCUUGUCAAAACAUGCUGUCUCCACAUAGAUUAAAAAAGACAUUUCAUGGACAAUCGUCAAGGUUGAAGAGUUCACUACUAGCUGUUUACACCACACAUAGAAAGUGUAAUACAUUAUUAAUAUUAUUCUGUUUUUACACAUAGCCUCUUUAAUAAAAGCAUUGUUGUAAAACUAUGUAUGUACACAACUUGAUUACGUGUAUUUACUGCUGUACUCGGGUUUUAAAGGACAUCCUUUAUUUGGUAAUUCAUUUUUGCACAGGGAAGUAUUACAACUGCCAUGAUCCAGAAUCUUUCAUUGUUUCUGGAAUCCAGUCUGGGAUUUUAGGCACAGGAAAUACAAAUAUUAAACAUACCUCAUCUGUG